AUGUUACCUAUUCUAUUCAUUCUUCUUUGUCAAACAUUUCUGAGUCAAGGCACUAUUCUUAAUUGUGAUUUUGAAACAAAUUGUAAUGAUUUUGCUUUGUAUGGUUUUUGGGCUAUAACAGAUGGUUAUCAUCCUCAACCUAUCGAUCAUGAUCAUACAUUAAAUAUCGAAGCUGGCCAUUAUGUUUUCUAUAAUCCAAGUCCUGGUACAAGAGGGUUCGAAAUGAGAACCCAGAAUUGGUUACAACCUUCAACUGAUCGACCAUUAUGUUUCCGAAUGUGGUAUUAUCCUUCUCAAAUAAAUUUUCUAUUUAGUGUUCAAGUUGUACAAGGUGAGGGAGUAGAACUAAUACGUACACUCGCUUCAGUUGUAGAUAAGAAUGUUUCAACUGUUGAUUGGACAUUAAUCAAUGUAAAAUUACCAAAUGAAAAAAUCAAAAUAUCUGUUCAAACAAAUCUGACACAGAAAUACUUAGCAUUUGAUGAUAUUUCUGUGGAUUAUUGUGAUGGUCCACGACCUUCACCUCCUAAAGUUUUAUUUACUUGUGAUUUCGAGUCACCUUGUUCAGACAAUUUUGUUUCAUUACCUAAAUAUCCAUAUCAAUGGUUAAUAUCAAAUGCAAGUGACGCUAAUAGAAUUGAAUUCUUUGCUCCAUCUGCUGAUUAUACAUUUGGAAAUGGAUCAGGACAUUAUGCAUUUGUGCCGGUUUCCAAAAUAGUCGAUAAUGGUAAAGUUGGUUAUCUACAUUUACAAAAACAAUUACAAAUAACAUCUCAAGAAUCUUACUGUUUGAAUUUUCAAUAUUAUGCUUAUCCAUCAAGUGAUAGAAGUUAUUUGAAAAUUUAUUCAUGGGCCUCAGAUGAAUCUAAAGCAAUUCAAAUGUUAUGGCCUGGAGAAAGAUCAAGUUAUUCCAUAUUGGGCGGUCGAUGGGCUUGGGGUAUUAUUAAUUUACCAGUUGGUAAUUAUUCACUUCUUUUUCGUGUGGAUACUGAUACCUCUUUUACAUACUCAUUUGCUCUUGAUAAUAUUGAUAUCACUUCAUGUGACUAUCCUCCGUCAUCUACUUCAUACAAUUCUCUUCUUUCUUUUUCAUGCAAUUUUGAUAAUUCGACAAUGUGUGACAUGAUUAACGAUGAAAUGAGUUCUACAUUUAAUUUUACAAUAUUUACUGGUGAUACAAUACCUGAUCAAGAACUUGGUCCAGAUCGUGAUCAUACAAAUAAUUCAACAUCUGGUGGUUUUCUUUACUGGAAUCAAUAUUUACCAGUCAAUACAAGCGAUAGAGGUCGUGUAUAUCUGUCAAAAAAAUUGAGCAAUAUGCUGAAUACAACAGUAAUUCGUCUAUCCGGUGAUGGAUAUUCUAGUACAGGAUUAUGGUAUCAAGUAUUAGAUGAUAGUCAAGGAUGGCAGAUAGCUCUUGUACCAUUAAGAUUAGGAUUUCGUUUCCACCAUCGAUUAUAUAAUGAUGCAAAUAAUCGUUUAAAUCAUAAAUUACGAUCAGUUACUACUGUUCAAUCAAGAUUAGCAAUGGAUAUCUAUAAUUUAUAUCCGGCGUACGGUAAAGACAAUUAUAAUGUCUAUUUUGCGGGUGAAAAAAUGAAUGUAGGAUCUGUUAACUCAUUUGAAGUCUUAGGCAAUUUUUAUGCGAAAGAUAAAUGGAAUGUUUAUUACAUGAAUAAAAAGUUGGAUAUUAUAUCUAUUGGGUCAUUUCAUGAAUUAGGCAGUGGUUAUGCAAAAGAUAAUUAUAAUGUUUAUUUUUUGGAUAAAAAGUUAGAUGUUAUAUCUGUCAGUUCAUUCAAAACGUUAGGUUAUCGUUACGCUAAAGAUAAUUAUAAUGUUUAUUAUAUUGGAAGAAAAUUGGAUGUUAUAUCUGUUAGUUCAUUUGUGGCUUUAGACAAUCGUUAUGCAAAAGAUAAUUACAAUGUGUAUUAUUUGGAUAAAAAACUAGAUGUUAUAUCAGUUAGUUCAUUUAAAGUGCUAGGUAAUGGUUAUGCUAAAGAUAAUUAUAAUGUUUAUUAUCUGGGUAAAAGAUUAAAUGUUAUAUCUGUUAGUUCAUUCGAAGUUUUACAUGGUGCUUACGCUAAAGAUAAUUAUAAUGUUUAUCUAGCUGGUGAAAAAUUGGAUGUCAUAUCUAUUAGCUCAUUUAAAGUAUUAAGUAGUGAUUAUGCGAAAGAUAAUUAUAAUGUGUAUUACUUGAAUAAAAAACUAGAUGUUAUAUCAGUUAACUCAUUUCAAGCAUUGGGUCAUGGUUAUGCAAAAGAUAAUUAUAAUGUUUAUUACUUGGAUAAAAAAUUAGAUGUUAUAUCUGUUAGUUCAUUCAAAGUAUUAGGUGGUGAUUACGCUAAAGAUAAUUAUAAUGUUUAUUAUAUUGGAAGAAAACUCGAUGUCAUAUCUGUCUAUUCAUUCGAAGCUUCAAGCAAUGGUUAUGCGAAAGAUAAUUACAAUGUUUAUUAUAUGGGCAAAAAAAUUCCAGGAGCUUCAGUCAGUUCGUUUACUUUAUUCAAACAGAAAUAA